AUCUGUGUGGAAUAGGUUGUACGCUGUCCUAUAGAGUUCAAAUUUAAGUUAGAGCCUCUGACAAGCGAAACUUUACAGUAACGUCUCUGCUGUAUAUUGUGCUUGUUUAAAGUUUUGAAAAUGAACAGCUUGAUACGAUUCUCAACUCGUGUAAUGCGUCCGGGGAGCAUUCUGUGCAGGCAGCGGUGUUUGCUUGAUGGUCAAGCGUCUGCAGUUGUGACCCGAUUUCUUAGUGAGACACCGAAAAGCUCCGACUUAUCCGAGCUUGUCAAGAAGGACAAGGUGGUGGUGUUUAUGAAGGGGACCCCAGCCCAGCCGAUGUGCGGUUUUAGUAACGCCGUAGUGCAGAUCCUCCGAAUGCACGGCGUUGAUAAAUACACAUCGUUUAAUGUUCUGGAGGACCAGGAUUUAAGACAAGGUGUCAAGAAUUUUUCAAACUGGCCAACCAUUCCACAAGUGUAUUUCAAUGGCGAGUUUUUUGGCGGCUGUGAUAUCUUACUUCAAAUGCAUCAGAAUGGCGACCUUGUUGAUGAACUAAAGAAACUGGGAAUUCGCUCUGCCCUUCUAGACGUUGAUAACAAUGAGCAGAAGAAAUAAUUGCAGAACAGGAAUAAUCCUGUAGAAUUUUCAUUGAAUAUGUGCGUAGAUGGAUUUAUAUAAAAGAAAGUUUUAAAAAAAAUGUUGUUUUCCCACAAAGCCUUAUUACACAUCUAUUGUAAGGUUGAUCCUCCGAUUGCCAUAGUGCGGCCUUUGACCACUAUUAUGAGGAAAACUCUUCACUACUUUUAUUCUAUUAAACCUAUAGGUUUACUGCACUGUCUAUUAAAUGCAGGUUUAUUUUUAGUAAGCUAUAUCAUAACUCAAUAUUGUUUGAACGUUUAUAAUUCACAAUGAUGAUAAAAUGUGAUUAGAAUUGUAAUGUAUGUUUGUUUCACCAGCUUUUUUUUAUUUUAAUACUUUGAAUUCCUGGGGUUUGACUUCAAUAAUACAUCCAGGCAGUGAAACAUUCAUUACUAUGAAACACAAAGCAUCUAUAUUUUUAAACAUUAUUACUCUACAAGUUGUUAUCUUCCUAGCAAACUGAGAAAAUUUCACUACAGUCUAAGAGGGUGUCUUGGUGGUUGAUAAUAUUAUGUGGAAGUACAGGGUAUUCUAAACUUGUUGUCUUUGAUUUCUGUUUUUGUAAGUUUCUUUAAAUUGUGCAACACUGUAAUUUUAUAACCUCACACACACACACACAGGCUGUCUGUUUGAUGAACAGCAGUUUAAGUGUAUAUUAUUUCCAGUUUGUCAUCUUUAUUGGCUGUACUUGAGACAUUUAUAAAAUUUUGUUUAAUUUCA